AUGGCCACCCUGGCCUCGUCCCCCCCGACCUCGCCAUCAUGGCCGAAGCGGCGUCCUCGCGCGUGGGCGCUUCGCUGUGAGCGCUACUGCUGUGCGGCGGCAAGCUGCUUCCCACUGGCAUUCGUGUAUGGGUUGACAACGUGGGCGGUGUAUGUGGAAGUUAGUAUUGGGUUUAAGGAGCACCGGAGUGCUUGGAUUGGUAUGGACACUCCAGAAGAUGGAUUGGACGGAUGCCUCGGACGGAUCCCGAGCACUCUUCUCGGCCUUCUCCUCUACGGCUGUCUAAACGCUUCCUAUACUGUCGCCGUCUUCACGGACCCGGGCUCGCCCUUGACAACACGCCGUGGCAACGGCCGCCACGAGUACAGCGCCUUGCCUGUCACUGAGUACCCGGAGUUUACAUCUUACACGGUCAGCUCAUCCGGUGGCUCGCGCUACUGCAAGAAAUGCCAGUGUCCGAAGCCAGACCGCGCGCACCACUGCUCGACAUGCAAGCGGUGUGUGCUGAAGAUGGACCACCACUGUCCAUGGCUGGCGACGUGCGUUGGAAUGUAUAACUACAAGGCGUUCCUGCUGUUCCUGAUCUAUACGUCACUGUUCUGCUGGGUUUGUUUCGCCGUGUCGGCCGUGUGGACGUGGACAGAGAUUUUGAAUGAUACUCGAUACAUGGAUACCUAUUUGCCAGUCAACGUGGUGCUGUUAGCGAUUCUGGGAGGCAUUAUUGGACUCGUUUUGACGGGUUUUACGGCGUGGCAUAUUAGUCUGGCGGUGCGGGGAGUUACGACUAUCGAGUGUCUCGAGAAGACAAGAUAUGUCUCGCCGCUACGCAAGGCGCUGGAUCGGCAGCACUUCGAGCAUGGUGCGGGCAAUGGCCAUGCUACGGAUCCGAAUAACGAGAGCCUGGCCCACCGACUACAGGGCUACGGCAACCAAAUACUGGAGGCACACGCCAAUGCGAUUCCAGGCGUGACUCGCGCUGAAGAAGGCGAAGAACGACUUUCCCCUGCACCCUACACACCCGAUCAAGGUCCCAAUCUUGAAAAUCAAAAUCAUCUUACCCCCGCCCAACAAGCUCUCACCCGAUCCUACGCUGAGAUGGAACGCCAGCGCGAGCAUGAGCGAUACCAGGACUGGAUCAACGACCAAGACAGUGAAAAAAUGCCCAGUGCAUUUGACCACGGCUGGCGCCGCAACCUAGCCCACCUCUUCGGCGACCAGCCUCUCCUCUGGCCCUUGCCCAUCUGUACGACUACUGGUGACGGAUGGCGCUGGGAGCCGAGCCCGCGGUUCCUCGAGGCACGUGAGCGGGUCCGUAUUAGUCGAGAACAGGAGGCUAGCAAUGAGCAGCAGUACCACCGCGACUUGUACUCGCGGAAUAUGGAUAAUAGCCAUGCCUGGGGGUAA